GAAAAAGUUAUUGAAUAUUGGAGCUGGUUGUAACAUCAAAUCAGAUCUAUAAAUGAGAAUGAAGCUUUCUCAAAAUCCAUAUUUUAAUAUCAUGAAACAUUAUCCAUUUUCUUCGUGGAGAAAACGUGGAAAUGGUGAUGACAUACACCUGGUGAUGGAUUCUACUUUGAACUCCAAAGUAAUGUUGAUAGAUGGCUUAGUCACUGCAGCAAAUCAUUUAACUGUUCCGAAGAAUCAAAAGUGUAGUCUCAGCCUAACUGGAGAGUACUUGUAUCUGAUUGUCAAGCCAUUGAAAGAUAAGAAUUUUAUCGUUAGACUAGACUGCAGAACAAAGAGUUCGAUAACCUUCCGCAUUACAGUGUCUAAUGCUCGGAAGUUUUGCAAAGUUUCAAACUUAUGUGUUUGUCUUCCUUUGUCUUUGCUGACUAUUUCACCAGAUGUUGAGGAACCGAAAUGGGUAGUAUUGCGUUUUGAUCUUCGCAAAAUCGUAAAUGAAUACUCUAUCUAUCAAUAUCACAGCUUAAGUCGCUUGCAAAUAUGCUGUAGUUUGUUAUUGUAUGCAGCAUUUACGUCCAACAAUGAAUAUUCCCCGCUGGUUUCGAUAGAAAAAAAUAAGGUUCAUAAGAAUUUAGUUCUUCCACUUCCUAAGGAGUUUCGACCUUUCCUGGGCCCAGAAAAGUUAUCUGAGACCUUUGAUUUAGUUUCUAUACCUGAAAGUAUAACUGAUCAGUUUGAAGAAAAACAUACUGGAAGUAUAGACUCCACUGAAAAUAUCAACUUAUCGUCAAGUACUGAAAACAAGAACCCUGAGGUAGCAUCACACUUAACAGAAUCAAAAGUAUUGGAAGAUAUAAAUAUACAUGAUAAAAGCAUUGCUAAAGAUCAUCAUAAGUUGAAGAUAUCAGAUGAAGAUGAACGAAGUUGCAGAAUAAGCGACGUUGUGCAGUUUGAUAAUACUAGUUUACCAUGUACAAAUUUACUUCAUCAAACCAUUGAGAAUAUGGCCAAAAACAUAUCUAUGGACUUGGUUUAUAUCGCUUCAUGCCCUUCAUAUUGCACAAGUCUAAUCAUCACUCAAAAUGGUUGUGCAAUUAUUUUUCCUUGUGCAGCAUACAUUAUUGUGAUGGAUGUCGGUAGUAGACGUCAAUGCUUCCUAGAAGGUCAUACUGCUGAAGUUACUGGCGUUUGUCAAGAUGCUGAUGGUCGGAUUAUUGCUUCUUGUCAAUCUUCAACAUUGAGUUCCAUUAACUUAUACCUUGGUGUUGUCCAUGUUUGGCGUAUGCCUGACUUACUUCAUUCUUCACUACAUAUUCAAAAACCACUGGGAACUGGGAGGGUUCAAAAUGCUCAGUCUUUAAAAGGUGUAUGUAUUUCAGAUCGAUGUGAAUUUUUAAUUGCUUAUGGAAUGGACGUUCGCUUACGUGGUAUGAUAGUUGUAUGGGAUUUACGGAAUCUUCUUCAUAGUAGUGUAUUACCGUUAUUAGUCCGGUCAACAAUUGACAAUACAAUAGGCUGUUUAUGUCUUUUGCCAAACAAUUAUAAACAAAAUGCAAAUCCAGAUUGUUAUAUACGUUUUGCUACUCUAUCUGGAUCUAAUACUUCACAUGAUACAAUUAUUGACUGGAAUAUCCAGGAUAAACAUCAAUGUGCAAGGAGGAAUUCACUGAGUGAAAUACGUUUAUGGCGAUUGAAAUAUGAUGCAUCAGUAAAACAAGACACAAUUCAACAAUCUACAUCAAGAAAUAAGUACCAUUUAUCUUCUUCAGUUAUUUCAUUGAAUUCAGUGAUUGUCCCGAUGUUACGUCAAUCAUUUAAUUUUGUGAGUUGUUGUAUUAAACCUCAAUUAGAAAAUUUCACUCAAUCUCAUGAUAAAUUGAAUUAUUCCCUAUUAGUUGGCUCUUCUACAGGACAUAUUUUAGAGGUAGAUUUAAAUCUCUUCUGCAUUUCAAAUAUCUAUCAUUUAAUUGCAAAAUCACAAGAAGAAAAUUUAACAGACAAUAAUGAUUCAAACACAGUUGAAUUACAAAUUUCAGCUUCUAGAGAAUUUCGAAACAAUCAAUGGAUUUUAACUGUUACCGAUCAUGUAAAUCAUUCAAAACUUCAUCUCAUUUCAAUUGCAUCUAUUCAUUGGAUCAAUCCUGGAAUCAAUUUUUCUUUAGGCUGGUUAGCUGUAUGCACAAAAGAUGGUCGUCUAUUUUUAUUGGAAUCGAAUAAUUCAUCAAAUUCAGUGUUACUUUCAGUAAAAUAUCCUUCAAUGAUUUCGGCACUUGAUUCAUGUCCAUGUGAACAAGAUACUGUAAAUGUAAAUUCACAACAUCAAGUGUAUAUUUCUAUAGCAACACGUUCUGGCGGUCUUGCUUGCCUUGAUCUUAACUUUGAAUUUGAUUUUCAUAAAAACGCUACAGAUACUGAUGAGAAUGAAAUGAUAAAUGAAUUUAAAUUAAUAAACUGUUCUCCUAAACGAAUUCUUUCAUGGCAGGCUCACAGUCCAAUUAUAGCUACAGAUCUAGUUCAGAUAGAUAAACAAGAUUCCCAGUGUAUACUAGCUACUUUGAGUAAUGAUGGUGCUCUUAGAAUUCGACACAUUUCAUCUCAAUCAUCAUUGGCUAAUCAACUUGAAGAUGUUGAAAUAAAACGCAUAAAUGUCGAUAAAACUUGUAUAAACAAAGAACUAGUAGAAAAUCCAUUAGUCGAUUUAAUUAUAUCUGAUGAAACGCCAACUUGUAUUGCUAUUCGACCGAAAUUAAAUUGGUCAGAAUCAAAGUUCAAUGACAUGGAUAAUACUAUAUCAUGGAUUCAAAUUGCAUGUGGUUAUUCUAAAACUGGUCUAGUACGUGUCUUCUCUCCAGUCAAUGCACAAAUGUUAUACGAAUCAAAUUUCCACAAAGGUUAUGAUGUCACAGCGCUACUUUAUUCACCAUGUGGCAGUUAUUUGUACACAUCAGAUAGUUCUGGUCAAUUAGCUGUUUGGAGAAUUAUCCAUAAUGAUACAGAGAAAUUCUAUGACAAUCAAUUAUUGCAUUCAUUAAAUUAUCAAAUUGGUGUAUUUUCUACAAUAAAACCUCCUCAAUUGACAAUGCGCCAUCAUGACAAUUCAUCAAUGUUAUUAUUAGAAACGAAAAAAAGUAUCAUUACAAUAUCAUCUAAAGGAUCAUAUAUUGCUUAUAUGGGACCUCAAUUAGAAAUGCUUACAAUUGCUAAAGGUGUUAGUGUUUUAACUAGGAAACAAAUUGAUUUAAAUCAUCUGGUGCUAAAAUAUUUUCCAAAUAAUCAAACAAAAUCAAAUCUAAAUCAAAAUAAUAACUCAUUGAAUUUUAUUCAAUUCAUUUCUCGAUGUAAUAAAAUUGAACAUUUAACUAUGAAGAAGAAUGAUACACGUCUUGACGAUUAUACUGUUGAUGAUGAUGAUGAGUUUUUAUUUGUCAGUACAUCUCAAGGUUAUUUGUUUAAAUUCAACUUAUUCGAUAAUAAACUGAUAGCAUGUGCAGAAUUCAAUGUCAUAUCAAAUUCCAAGAGCACAAUUUAUAUGACUGCUAUGAAAAUUGCGCCUAAUGGGCAAACAUUAUUAUUGACUGAAUCGUCUACUCCAUUUAUAUACCUAACUUCAACUGAUCUCUAUCCAUUAUAUGAUGAAAAUAAUCACAUGAAUAAUAAAACAACAGUAAAUCGAAGUAUUAUUUAUCAAAAAUUCACUGGUCAUAUUUAUCCAAUUGACAAUAUUUAUAUCACUUUAAAUGAACAAUAUUGUAUUAGUAUUGAUACUGGUUUCUGGUGUCAAUCUACUGAUCUAACGAAAACUAAUCGCAAAACCUGUAUAGCACAUAAUACUAAUCAACAAACGAAUAUUAAAGCAAGUAGUAUAUUUAUAUGGAAAUUCAAUUCGGCACAAAGAUUACCUGACGUGAAAAUGAGAAAGAAUACCACUUUUGUUCAACCAUUAGUGUCAUGUGAAUAUGAGAAUAAAUCUACACCAAUUAAUCAAUGUACUACAACUACUACGAUGACGACAACACUUGAAACAAAUCAUGAUCAGAAUGUAACUUCCAGUGAAAAUUGUCAUAUAAAAAACAUACAAGCAAAUACACACUGUAACAAUUAUCCUUUAUCUCAUCGUCAUUGGACUGUUUAUGCCGCCGAUAGUAAAUUGAAUAGGAUAAAACAAUUCCAGCCCAAUUUAUUAUUGGAACAAUUGAAAUUCACUUUUAUCCAUGAUCACUGUAUGAAAGGAUUCAUUGUUGGAUUUGGUUGUUACAAUCAAAUGAUUGAUAAUUUAAUAUGGGAUUCCGAUACUGGUAUAUUCUUGUACACUUAUGAAUCUAUGCUUGUUAUUGAAGAAUUAGAAACUGGUUUACAAUUAGCCUAUCGAUCUGUCGCAUCAUCAAACAACUUAGAUGAUAAUAAUAACAUAAAUUUCACUGGAGAAAUUUUCAAUUCACUUGCUUUAGCUCCAAAUAAAACAAUGUUGGCUAUUGGAUCAACCAGCUAUUGGCAAUCUAAUGAAGAUCAUUCUAGGUCUACAAGUAUUUCAUCAUUUAUCAUUGUACCAAUGAAAUUCAUGCAUUAUCAUGGUAAACGUCAAUUCAAUCUGAUAUUGAAAUAUGAUCAGAGUAGGCGAUUUUUAUUGCCUAUUCUUGUAGAUAAGAAGAGUUCAAGUGAACAAGUGAUGAUCAAUACCAAUCCACUGUCAGAAAUCAAUACAAAUCUUUAUGGUAUUUUAUUGUCAAUGACAUUUACACUAGAUUCUCGUCAUUUAAUUACAAUUGAAGAUUAUCGCACGAAUGAAGUGAAAUUAUGGUCAGUAGCUGAUUGGACUUUAUUGUCAACUAUCCAAAUCUGUGGAUAUUUUAAUCAGAUAUUAUGUUCACCAUUAUUUAGUAAUGAGUUUAUUACAAUUGGCGCUGAAUUUCAUAAUUCAAAUCAUGAUAAUCAUGUUCAAUUUUCAAAUCAUGAAAGUUCUAUUCUAUUUUGGAAAUUCAAUAUUAAAUAUUCCUCCAAUUGUGUGAAUGAUGAUGAACUAGUGAACAUUGAUAAUAAUCAUACAAUCAAUACACAAAAUAUACUUACAUAUACUAGAGGAAAAAAUUGGUCAUUUAAUGAAAAUAAAUUAUUGCGCAAUACAGAAUUUUGUUCUGCAACAUAUUUACAAAUUCCAAAUAAAUAUAAAUAUUACACUACAAUGCUUAAAAUGAUUUUACUUAUUAUUGUAUCAGAUAAUUUUGGAAAUAUCAGUAUAUGGGAUGGUAAUAAUCACAUGUGCUUACAUAAUUUCUCAGCAGAUUGUAAUGAAAUUAGUGUCAUCUCUUCCUGUGGUCCACAUGGUUUUGUGACAGGUAAUACUAAUGGUUUAUUACGUUAUUGGCGAUUAGAAAUAGAAUUUUUCACUAAUGAACAAUAUUCAAACUAUCAAAAUAAUAAUUAUCAUAACAGAAUUAAAAAUGUUGAAGCAAAACAUAUGAAAUCUAUAUCUCACUUUGAUAAUGAAGUAAUUUUAUCAGCAUGCUUUGAUAUAGAAGGACAUAUUGGUGUGAUUAGUACAAAUAACUGUAAUCUAUGGUAUAUUGAUUGGUCCGAAGUGGAAGAAUGGACAAGUCAUGCACUUUCACCAGCGAAUAAUAAUAAUAAUUCAGCAUCAAUUACACAAGAUUAUUCAACACUUUUAUGCAGUGGAUAUAAAACACCAAUUAUUGGAUUAAUUUGGUGGACAAAGCCUCAAAGCUUAUUAUUAUCAAAUGAGAAUUCUCUCAAUAAUAAUAAUCAUAAUAAUGAUUUAAAUUAUGCCAAUGAUCUUCUACUAACAUGUUCAUUAGACGGUAAUGUACAAUUGUGGAAUCCAGAUUCUUGUCAAUUUAUAGCUGAAUUAAAGACUAAUGAAUUGGUGAAUAGUUUAAACGGAUCAAUUGAUACAAUCGACUUAUGUUUAUUAGAUUAUCCUGAUGUAAUGUGUGUUGGAUCAGAAGUAGACAUCUUCGACAAUGAAACGCUUUCAUCUAAAGAAGAUAACAAUAAUAAUAAUCAUAAUAAUAACAGAAAAUCACCAGGAUGUUUAGCUAUUGCUUAUACAGAUACAUGCGUACGAUUAUUUUGUUUACAUAAGAUGUGUCUCAUCAGUGAAUCUGUACAAAUAUUUCCACAAUUGGAUGAUCAAAUUACAGUAAUUCAAUUUUGUAGUCCAUAUUAUUUAAUCAUUGGAACUAGAAACGGUUUGCUUCUACUAUUAUCUAUCAGUCAUCAUAUCGAGAAUAAUAUUAAUAAUAAUAACAAUAGUAAUACUAAUCAACAGUAUCCACAACCUAUUCUCAUUAAACGUAUUAUCAAAGAUUACCUAGUUGAUUAUCAUCAAAUCUCUAUGCCUAUUCUAUGCUUACAUACUUAUUCACAACCUUUAUUAUAUGAUUAUUAUUUGCAUCGAUUGCAACAGAAUAAAAAACAACAAAUCAACAAUUCAAUCAUAAAAUCCGAUAUAACUGAAGACAAUCAAUCAGAGUCAUGGAUAUGUCUUGCAAUUGGAGCAGAGAAUCGUUUAAGUAUUUGGAAUUUAUCAAUUUGUUCCAAUCAUUCUCAGCAUAAUCCUGUACGAUUUUAUUUGAUUGUUUGGUUACCAUUGGAAUCAUUAAAAUUGAAUGAUAUGAACAAUAAGGAAAAUGACAAAAAUCAACCUGUACAAUUGUCUUAUUAUGCGAGUUUUUUACCAACACAAAAUUUAAAAGAUAUUUUGAAAUUAAAUAGCUACACUGCUGAAAGUUAUCAUGAACUUGACAAUCCUUAUAUAAUGAUCUAUGCAAUAAAUGCCAAAACAGAAAUGACAAAUUUAUGGAUCUAUUCCAUUGAUGAGUUGUUACAAACUCAAGCUCAUCAUUCAUUACCAUCAUCAUCAUCAUCAUUAUGUUUACAACUGUCUUCUGGUAAAGUUGAAUCCAUUACCCCUGUAUUUAUAUUUCCUACUACACCACCACCUAUUAAAACAGCUCAUAAUUUGUUAUUAUCAUGUUUACAAUUCAUUGUAUUGACAAGAUCUACAUUAAAUCCAUAUCAAACUGUUAUUCAACUGAUUCACUUCCAAUCGAAUAGUUUACAAAUUCAAUUGAAACAAAUCAAUGGACCACAAUAUGUAUAUAAUAAUACGGCUUUCAUGAAUAAAAGUGAUAAUAAUAAUAAUCAUCAGCCAUUUGUAUCAUCGAAUCCAUUAAUCAAAUCAAUCAUGAUACCAGAAAAACAACAACUAUACAUUGCAGCUGCUUAUGGUAAAGAAUUGUUGAUUUGGUUAGAAACAGAUAUCAUGUCGAAAAAAAUUAGAGAAUAA